CCGAGCCCAUGGCCGCGCCGGGACCCCGCGCCUUCCGGGCUGCGCUGUGUGGCAGCUGCUGCUGCCUCCUCCUGUGUGCCCAGCUUGCAGUGGCUGGUAAAGGUGCUCGAGGCUUUGGGCGGGGAGCCCUGCUCCGUGUGAACAUCUGGCCAGCUGUCCGAGGGGCCUGCAAACAGCUGAAGCCCUGCGAGCAUUGUGUGGAGGGGAACCGAGCGCACAACCUCUCCGGCUGUGUGUGGGAGCAGUGUCGGCCGGAGGAGCCAGGACACUGCGUGGCCCAAGGGGAGGUGGUCAAGGAAGGUUGCUCCAUCUACAACCGCUCAGAGUCAUGUCCAGCUGUGCACCACCACCCAACUCAUGAACCGAAGAUAGUCACAACAGAGAGCCCCUCGGUCCCUGAGGCCCACAGCCCCGGCUUUGACGGGGCCAGCUUCAUCGGUGGCGUGGUGAUGGUGCUGAGUCUGCAGGCGGUGGCCUUCUUCGUCUUGCGCUUCCUCAAGGCCAAGGAGAGUACCUACCAGACACUGUGA